GAAUCUUUUUUAAAUGUUAUUUGUAACAAUGAGACAGUCCGAGAAAUCCUCAAUACAAAAAUGAGUUCGACAUUUGCACUGUUACUGCAAGGAGAACUGCAGAAUUAUAAGAGGAAGAAGCCUGGUCGCAGGUGGAACAUGGAGGCUAAAAUAAUAGCAUUGAGGCUCUACAAGAGGUCACCAACUAGCUACAAAUUGCUAAGGAGAAUGAUUUGUUUACCAGCACCCAGCACAUUAAAAUCCCUCUUAAGUAAAUUUAAGAUGAAUGUGGGGACACACAAAACAAUACUCACAAUUUUAAAAAACACGACAAAACACUUUGUCCCUCUGAACGUGAGUACAUAUUGUUGUGGGAUGAAAUGUCCUUAAGAAAAAAUUUAUGGUACAAUUCGAAGACGGAUUUAAUUGAAGGGUUUCAAGACCAUGCUACACAAGGUAGAUCUCCACAGCCAGCUUCAUAUGCCCUUGUAUUUAUGAUAGUUGGAGUCAGGAAACAUUUUAAGCAGCCAGUGGCUUAUUAUUUAUCAAGCGGUUCUGUCACAGCUGACAGACUUUCAGCUUUGAUUAAGGAGGUAUGCAUUGCUUCUUCAUAUUCAAUGAUGAUCAUGCUGAUUUAACUCUUUGCUGAACUAUGAUGUUAGUUUAUUUGUUGCUAAUCUCCCUUAUAAUACUUUCAGGUUUUAAAUUGUUGCUUUGAUGCUGGGAUAAACAUAUGCGCUUCAGUCUGUGACUUGGAUGGAGUCAACAAGAGAGCUCUAUGUCAAUUAGGAGCUUCUGUUGAGAAUCCCUUCAUAGAAGUGAGCAAUCACAAAAUUGUCACUCUAUUUGACACACCACACCUGCUGAAGUGCUUCAGAAAUCUUUUCAUGAAAUAUCAUGUAAGAUUUAGGACCAAUAUAACAUCAGACCACCAACAAGGAAUUGGAGUCGCUAAAUGGAGCCACAUCAAGCAAUUUUAUGAAUUGGACAAUAAUAAUCCCAAUUUUGUGUUUGCACCAUGCCUAAGUAAACAACACCUUGAGCCUAAUUCCAAACAAAAUGAGGGUAAAACUUGCGGCACAAGUUUUAAGCCACUCAGUUGCAGCAGGACUAUAUACUAAAAUAGCUGGAGGAGACAUGCCGACUGAAGCCUUGGCAACGGCUAAUUUAAUUUCAAGCAUGGACGAUUUGUUUGAUGGUGUAAACGCGUCGACACCAGACUUAAGGAGAGGAAAAAUAUUUUCCACAAAUAUAAAACACAAUACAGGACAUCUCCAAAUGUUCGAUAAAAUGAAAUUUUUUUUUAAAACCCUGGAAUUCUUGGGAUGCAGGGGUAAUCCCCCAUCAAAAGAUGGCUGGAUUUGGACCCUCAAUGGGUUAGAAAUGGUUUGGAAAAUUCUAAGUGCCAAACAUACUACAGUUAAAAGUUUAUCCACGAGAAGAUUCCAGCAGGAUCCUCUUGAAAAUUUAUUUGGAUGCAUUCGAUUCAACUGUGGAUCCAAUAGCAACCCAACAGUUGCACAAUUCGUUGCUGGAUUAAAAACAGCUGUAAUAAGCAACAUGGCACAUACUAGCUCAGGUAAUUGUGAGCUGGAUAGCAACAGUGCCAUAAUUACCAAUUUUAAAAAAUUAUUGACACCAGCCACAGACAUGCACACUGAAACUGAACAAUCGGAGUCUGUUAUAGAAAAUGAAAUUGAAGAAAAUAUUAUUUCCUCCCUGGAACAAAAUUUGGAGGAAGGAAGUAGCGAACUACAAGCAUGUGCUUAUGUCUGUGGCUUCAUAAUUAAAAAAUAUAAAAAUAUUUGUAAGAACUGUAAAAAUAUUUUAGUCUCCGAAACACCAGAAGAAGUGCAUAAUUUUAUAGAGUUUAAAAAUUAUGAUUCGGUAAAAAAUUCUCUUACAUACGCCUCUAAAAAUUUAAUAGAUUGUGUAGAAAAAAGUGCAAACAUAAUUAAUAUUUUUUUAGAAAAAGAGGCGUAUAAAGAGAAUAUAAAAAAAAAAAUAACACAAUUACUAAAGGACUCUAUAAAUUAUGUCUUCCUCGAAAAUUGUAUGGAGCACAAAGAAUUAAAUAUAAAUUAUAUAAUAAAUAGUGUCUUCCAUAUUAAUAUAAAGAGAUAUUGCAUAAUAAAAAACAAAAUUUAUUCCGAAGAUGCAUGUAAAUCUGCACUAAAAAGAAAAAUGAACAUAAUUAUGCAUAAAUAAAUAUCUUAACUAAUAUUAUAUGUGUGCGUUCGCGCAGCGGAAUGUUGUUGAAUUUAAAGAUUUUAAUUAUGCAGAUAAUUAGUGUAUGACGUCCUAUAAUUGUGUAUGGUAAAAAAAAAUUUGUGUAUGCAGCCAUUGUGGAGAAAUUAACUAAAAACUGAUUCCGCUGGGCAAACGUUGUCCUGUCGGAACUUUUUUUAAUCCUUAGACUUUAGAAGAAAAAAGAUGUGUCCACAAAUUAGUGUGUAUUUGUGUGUAAUUGUUUAUGUAUGAAUGAAAUCAGUGCAUGCAUAAACUUGGGAGAAAUUCAAGUUUCG